CCCACGGCCGCCCCCCGCCCCCUGCGCACCGGCCCCCCCCGGUGGGCCGAGACCCCCCAGGCGCAGCCGCGGGAGGAGGGGCCGGAGCAGCAGCUCCGGGAGCUGAUCCAGGGAGCCACCGACCCCCAGGAGCUGCUGCAGCUGUGCGGGGGGCACAGACUGAGCAGCAACCUGGCGGGCAUGGCCAUCGCCCGCCUCGCCCGCCUCGCCCACGGGCACCCUGAGGCACCGGCCAUCCACGGGGACCCCCGGCUGCUGCGGCUGCUGGACACCCUGGACGGGCAGAUCUCUCAGGUGUGGAACGCGACGCUGGUGCAGGUGCUGCGGGCACUGCCCGCGCUGGGGCUGCCCCGUGCCGGGCGCCAGGUCCGCUCGGUGGAGCAGGAGGUGCUGUGGCGGCUGCGGCGGCUCCCCCUGCGCCAGCUGGUGCAGCUGGCAGAGCACCUGGCGGGGCACAGGGACAGCCCCCUCCUGCCCGAGGUGCUGCGCAAGCUGGAGCUGCGCUGGACGGAGCUGGAGGGCACGCGGACCGUGGUGACGCUCAUGGCCAAGGUGGGACACCUGGCACCCGCCCUCAUGGAGCGCCUGGAGGACAAGGCCCUGGAGCUGGCGGAGCAGCUGGACGUGGACGAGAUCCGGCGCAUGGCCGUGGCCCUGGCGCUGCAGCAGCGCCGCUGCGUGCCCCUGCUGCGGGCACUGUCCUACCACCUGCUGCAGAAACCCCCCGAGCUGGGGCUGCCCGUGCUCACAGACCUGCUCUUCGCCUACAGUAAGCUGAACUUCCAGCAGCCCCAGGUGCUGCACAGGCUGUCCCUGGAGCUGCAGCCCCACCUGGGGGCUCUCACACCUGCCCAGGUGUCGCGCUGUGCCCGCUCCUUCGCUGCCCUGCGCUGGCUCAGCCGCCCCCUCGCCGAGGGCAUCGCACAGCCCAGUCAAAUUCGGUCCCUGUCCCCCCGUGUCGGGGACCGGCCACCGGCUGCCACAGCAACCUCCGUGCUCCGAGUGCCCCCCGUCCCCUCCCGUGGGACAGGGGGACGGAUCCCCCACGGACACAUCCCGGCCCAGGGUCAGGGAGAGCCCCCUGACCCCCCGAGGGUGGCUCCGAGUGCCCAUGUCCCCCGUGUCCCCUCUGUCCCCACAGAUGCCGAGGUGGUGCUGGACGGUGACAACAAACCCCUGCCCGUGGGGGACUUCACUGCCCCCCACCUGCCCCACUCCCAGGGGGCAAAGCCACUGCCCCCAGGGGCCAAGAGGCUGGCGUUCCUGCGCUGGGAAUUCCCGCAGUUCAGCUCGCGGGGCCGGGAGCUGCUGGGCCGGGGGGCCCUGGCGCGGCGGCACCUGCGCAGGGCCGGCUUCCUGCUGGUGGAGGUGCCCCACUACGAGUUCCUGGAGCUGAAGCUGGAGCGGCAGCGCGUGUCCUACCUGAGGGACAAGGUGGCCAAGGCCGUGGCCAGCGACAUGGCCACCGACACGGCCCCCGACACGGCCGCCUAGCCCUGCCCGUGGCCACCUCACCCGGCCAGAGGGCCGUGUCACUGUGCCAGGGUGACCAGGUCACCACGCCGAGGUCACCGGGUCACCACGCCGAGGUGGCCGAGUCGCCGUGCCCAGGUGGCCACGUCACCACUCUGAGGUGGCCACAUCACUGGGUCACUGUGCCCAGGUGGGGCCAGGUGGCCACAGCGAGGUCACCGUGUCCCCAAGUGGCUCCAGCAUCGCUGCUCUGUGUCACAAACGGCUCAAAUAAACCCCAAAUGUACAGGGA